GGUGACGGAGCGGCGGCCUCGGUGGUGGAUUGAGCGGGCCUGGGCGAGUUUCCCAGAGGGCUGCGCGGUCUCGGCUCAUCGGCGCUGUCAUGGCGGGCUUGCUGAAGAAGACCACUGGCCUUGUGGGAUUGGCUGUCUGUGAGAGUCCUCACGAGAGGCUAAGAAUAUUGUACACGAAGAUUCUUGAUGUUCUUGAGCAAAUCCCUAAAAAUGCAGCAUAUAGAAAGUAUACAGAACAGAUUACGAAUGAGAAGUUGGGGAUAGUUAAAGCGGAACCAGAUGUUAAAAAAUUAGAAGACCAACUUCAAGGUGGCCAAAUAGAAGAGGUGAUUCUUCAGGCUGAAAAUGAACUAAGCCUGGCGAGAAAAAUGAUCCAGUGGAAACCAUGGGAGCCUUUAGUGGAAGAGCCUCCUGCUAACCAGUGGAAAUGGCCAAUAUAACCCGUAAUAAAUGCCUUGUAUGAUGAUGGGAAACUGAUGUAAUUAAUUAAAUGUUCCAUUCUAUUAAGAAUGUUUCAAUAUUAUUGACAUCUUAUAUCAUCAAGAAAAUUCAUACAGAACAUAUUUAAGAGACAUGUUCAAAUUGAUGAAUAUGGUAAUAGGGCCUUGCGAAUCACUUUGAUUUAUAAAGCAUUCAUUCCAAUUAUUUCAAAGAUGAUAUUUUUUUAAACAGAGAGGUUGUGGGAAGAUUUGAAAGUUAGUCGGAAAAAAAUGCUAUUGAUUUUCAGCACAGAGGCCAUAAGGUGAAGUAUUUUUAGUAGUAUCUUCAGCACAUAAUUUAAUUUUUUAUUCUGAAAAAAGCAGAAAAGGUACUUAAUUAUUAUUCUUGUUUAUACAAAUUUAUAGGUUACUGUUUGAAGUGAAAUAGUAAAAACCAUCAAAUUAGAAUUCACUCACCCUGAGCUAACAUCUGUGCCAGUAUUCCUCUAUGUUGUAUGUGGGUCGCUGCCACAGCAUGGCCACCAAUGAGUGGUGUAGGUCCACGCCCAGCAACUGAAUCCAGGCCGCCGAAGUGGAGCAGGCUGAACUUAACCACUAGGCCAUGGGGCUGGCCCGCCUAUCAUUUCUAAAUAUUCAUGUUUGAUACUUCUCAUCUUCAAAGAUAGCACUUUUGGUGUUGUGUGUUGUGUAUGGGAGCAUGUGUGUGUGUGUUUUGCUAUCUCUUGUAACCAAGCAGAAUCAGAAUUUUCAGAAUAAGAAAAAAUGCUGUAUUUUUCCUUUUCCAAUAUAUUUCUCCCCCUAUAGAGCUGUAAAUUGAAUGCUAAAUAAAUGUUAAAUUGAA